AUGUCUGGACGUGGAAAAGGCGGCAAAGGCCUCGGCAAAGGCGGCGCAAAGCGUCACCGUAAGAUUCUCCGCGACAACAUCCAGGGUAUCACCAAGCCCGCUAUUCGUCGUCUUGCGCGUCGUGGUGGUGUCAAGCGUAUUUCUGCUAUGAUCUACGAAGAAACCCGCGGCGUCCUCAAAUCAUUCCUUGAAUCCGUCAUCCGUGAUGCCGUCACCUACACUGAGCACGCUAAGAGGAAGACCGUGACUUCGUUGGAUGUGGUCUAUGCGCUUAAGCGACAAGGCCGUACUCUUUAUGGUUUCGGUGGUUAG